AUGACCACCACGCUCAAGACCCUCGUCGCGACGGGCUGCUCGUCCGGACUUGGGUUUGAAGCUAUCAAGCAGCUGCUCACCAAACAGCCUCCCUUAUCUCCGUCCAUUAGCCUGUCGACAGUCCUCCUUGGUGUCCGCAAUACUGUGUCUACUACCGCAGCCUUUGCCUCUGCCGGAGUUUUGCCCUCUCCAACAAUCCUCCCGUUGGAACUGUCCGACCUCUCGUCCGUCAAGCGCUUCGCGGCCGAUACGCUGGAGAGGCUUGGCUCCCAACCCUUGGAUUACCUUCUGCUAAACGCUGCCAAUGCAUACCCGGUCGAGCGAAAGAGCAAGUACGGAGAUUGGUGCGAGCAAUAUAUUGUGAAUCAUCUCUCACAACAUUAUCUCAUCCACCUUCUCCGGGAGAAACUCCUCGCCUCGAAGACUCGUAUAGUCUUUGUCUCCUCUGGUGCUAUCCGCAUGGUGUCUGACCCGGAUGCUCUCGAAUCGCAACUCAAAGGCGUUCCGGGCCCGUCCUUCGUGGAAAAUACCUAUCCCCACACCAAAUUCACCCAACUCUUGAACGCACACUACUGGCGCCGUUCUCUUUCUCCCACCUGUGUUGUCGUCGCCGUUUCUCCAGGCCUGGUGCCAACCACGGGGCUUACACGCGAAGCAAAUUUCAACUUGCCUGCCAAUUCGCCCGACGCAAGAAGCAUUUCUGUCGGUGCAACAAGCAUCUUGCAGGCCCUUGUGCGAAGCGACUUCCCAGAAGAUGCAGACCGAAUAUUUUUGACCAGUUGGGGAGAAUGGUGGGAAGUCAGUGACAUUGCGAAGACUGUCAAUAAGGACCUGCAAGAUAAGUGGUCUCCUCCAAAAGAAGAUAUUGAAACAAUGAUAAGCAUUUAG